UGUUUAGUCAACCAAGUUCAAGCAGGUUCUUAUAUGUGGGUUACAGUUAAAUAUUAUGAACUCUCGUCAUAGAGGCAACACUACAUAUACCCGGGACAUAUGCAUUUCUGUAAUCAGUUGUGUUAGACUUAUCAUAAUACGGUUGUGAAUAAAUCCUGUAUAUUUAAGGACCAAACCCCAGUUUACUUAUUUUUCUGGUAAUCAACAACUAAAUCUCCUUCGUGGAAAUUAAGAACUUAACUAAGGACAAGGACCUACUUAGCCUAAAUUGCCAACUACCCCAAAAUACAAGAACCUAUUUUGGCAGACUUCAAAAAAUAUACGUUCUUACACGCGUGUUUUCACUGUUCUAUAGGUAAAAAAAUUCCUGCUGAAUCGCAUACUUAUGAAACUUUGAGAGGAGAUCAGCGAAGUGUUUUGAGUCGAUUAGUGGUGGGACGACAGGAAAUAACGACGUGAAAUAUUAUAUUUAAAAGGGAAAGGGUCAUAGUGUGCUAGUAAGUUCCGAGAGAGAUUGGGCCCAAAUUCAAUAUGGCCUCUGUUUUAGGCCAUCCUCUGCUGGCGGGAUCGCGAACUUGUUUCCUUCGAAGAGCAGUCAAUUUGAAGUCUUUAGCGAGAUUCAAGUUGCAACGAACACCGCGCCACAUAAGUACAAUUUCUUCAAAAAUCCAAGUGAAUGGUGUUGAAAUUCACUGCGAAGUUGCCGGCCAAAGUAACCACGUUGUUCUGUGUUUACCUGGAGCGCUCGGCUCAACUCAAAGUGACUUUGGUCCCCAGCUUAAGGGGCUUAACGAUGAAUUUACAGUGAUAGCAUUUGAUCCGCGAGGAUAUGGAAAAUCGAUUCCUCCUAAACGUGAUUUUCCAGCUGAUUUCUUUGUACGGGACGCAAAUGAUGCUGCCGCACUAAUGAAAACUCUUGGUCACUCUAAAUAUUCCCUCCUUGGAUGGAGUGAUGGUGGAAUAACUGCAAUGAUACUGGCUGCAGCACAUCCUCAGCGUGUUCAUCGCAUGGUGGUGUGGGGUGCUAAUGCCACUGUUACUGCUGAAGACGUCAAGCUGUAUGAAGCUAUCAGAGACACAUCAAAGUGGAGCCCUAAGAUGAGGGAGCCCUUAGAAGCCCUGUAUGGAAAAGAAGGACUCCAAGAAAUGAACAGUGGCUGGAUAGAUGGCAUAAGCCAAUACUUUACUGAGCGAGGUGGUGACAUUUGUACUAGUGAAGUAAAGAAGAUAGAGUGCCCUACCCUGGUGGUGCAUGGGCAGAAAGACCCCCUGGUUCCACAGUUUCACCCUGAGUAUUUACAUGCCAACAUCCGUGGUUCAAAGCUUCAUAUCAUGCCAGAGGGGAGACACAAUCUUCACCUUCGUUAUGCAGACGAAUUCAACUUGCUUGUCAGGGCAUUUUUGAAAGACGAACCAAACAACAAAUCUUCUCUUUAGCCCCCUUCUUAAAGGGGCUUUGUCACAGUUUCCACAAGUUGAAAAGUUUAUCGUAAAUUUUUCAAGUUCCUCAUUUGUAAACCAUGUUGAUCUUCUCCAUCCUUAACCAUCCCUGUUCCGUUAUGGUUUAUUAUUAUCUCUUUGGUGUUUUUUUAUCAUAGUAAACUUCUAUUGUCAGGUUUCCUUUAAUUUAAAGGUAACUUUGUAUGCGUUCUUCUAAAUCAUACUCUAUGAAAUGAGCCAGCAAUUUUUUUUGACCUUUAAAGAGGUGAAACAGUUUUGACUAGAGAAUAACGGGGCUCACAAAAAGUUCCGUGCGGUCAUCCGGAACAUCAUAUAUAUAUUUCUCUACUGGGUAAGUAACUUUUCAUACUUACUUGCCCCAUGGGGACGUUGUCUGCCAACGUAAUGGCAAAAAGAGAAACAUGUCUGAAGGGCAAGCUGGGAUUCAAGUUUUUUUCGAGCCCUGGAAUAAAUCUAAAACAAGAGGAACUGAA